GGGGGCGCAUUGAGCCAAGAGCUGGGACAGAAGAAACUGCCUCAGAGUUUAAAGUUGGACUGUCUUGUAGAAAUGGUCCUCGUAUUUUGUGUUUUGGCGCUCGGGUUGUUUUCGUCUGCUCUGGGCAGUGAUUACCAAGAUGGAGAAAACUUCACAGAUAUGAACAGGCUGCGCAGGGAGUUUGGCAGACAAAGUUUAGAGAAGUCCGACCUCUCGAAACGCAGCGCCGGGCUGAAUGAACAGACAUGUACAUUUGUACCUGCAGCAGAGUCAGCUCUGCAAGACGAUACACACACUUUCACCUUCAGAGUGAGAACCAUGGGAUCACUGUCGCUGGCCUGGGUGGGAGAUGGAUCAGGGGUGCUCCUGGUCUUGACGACGUUUCAGGUUCCAUUGUUCAUGAUGCGUUAUGGCCAGUCUAACCUCUACAGGAGUGAAGACUACGGGAAGACAUUUGAAGAAGUGACUCACCUCAUCAACCACACGUUCAUCCAGACUGAAUUUGGUAUCGCCAUCAGUCCUGACCACUCUGGCAAGGUGAUUCUGACUGGUGGCGUGUCAGAAACAGGGAGAUUUCGACUGUUUCGCUCACAAGACUUUGGCCUGACCUUUGUCCCGACUGAUCUGCCAUUUCAGCCCUUGAUUCAGAUGUUGUACAACCCUGGAGACUGCAACACUCUUCUGACAAUCAGUGUGACGUUGGAUCUCUGGCUGUCUAAGGACUUUGGCGCCACCUGGAGGAAGAUUCAUGACAGUGUGUGUUUGGUCAGAUGGGGUCCAAAGAACAAAAUCUACUUUACAACAAACUACAACGGAUCAUGCAAUGAUAAGGGAACGUUGGAGUUAAGAAAGUCAGCAGACUAUGGGCGAAGUUUCGUGACAGUCGCGAAAAGAGUUUUCUCCUUUGUACUGGGAGGGAGAUUUGUAUUUGCUUCCAUCAUGACUGGCGUGGGUACAGAGCGUCAGAUUCAUGUGUCAACGGACGAAGGUGAGGCGUGGAACGUGGCUCAGCUCCCUGCAGUCAGCCAUGAGCAGUUCUACUCCAUCCUGGCUGUGAAUCAGGACAUGGUGUUCAUGCACGUGGAUGAUCCUGGAGACUCCGGUGUUGGAACCAUUUAUGUGUCGGGUGACAGAGGAAUUGUGUUCUCUAAAUCUCUGGAGCGCCAUCUCCACACAACCACUGGAAGUGACACUGACUUCUCUGCCAUUACUUCACUCAGGGGCGUCUACAUGACCAGCGUGCUCACAGAGGAUGGGAUAGUGGAGACAGUGAUCACCUUUGACCAAGGAGCAAAGUGGCAGACGCUGCGCAGACCACUGAACAGCCGCUGUGACACUGAGACCUCUACUAACAGGCCAAACAGGUGCAGGCUGCACAUCCACGCCUCCUACAGCACCACCAUGAAAAUGAAUGUCCCCAUGCUGCCUCUCUCACAGCCCAAUGCUGUGGGCCUCAUCCUGGCCCAUGGCAGCGUUGGAGACGUAGAGUCCGCUCUCUUGCCUGAUGUAUAUGUGUCUGACGACGGUGGCUACUCAUGGCUGUUGGCCCUCAGGGGCCCUCAUCACUAUGCUAUCCUGGACUCCGGGGGGCUGCUGGUGGCUGUGGAGCACACCAACUCACCUGUCAACCAGAUCAAGUUUUCAACAGAUGAAGGGCAGUGCUGGCAUACGUAUAACUUCACCAGUGACCCACUUCACUUCAGCGGUAUGGACAGCGAGCCUGGCUCUCGCUCCAUGAACGUCAGCCUGUGGGGCUACAGGAAUGACUUCAGUAAAUGGGUGGUGAUCACCAUCGACUUUAGAAAGCUCCUCACCAGAGACUGCACUGAAGGGGACUAUGUACAGUGGCUGGCUCACUCUGCAGACCCCAGUGGAUCAAAUGAUGGCUGUGUGCUGGGCUAUAAAGAGACCUUCUUGCGCCCGAGGAAAGCCUCUGUCUGCUGGAAUGGGAGGGACUAUGCUGUCACUAAGAAACUGUCUCCCUGUCCAUGUACACUGGAUGAUUAUCACUGUGACUUUGGAUACUACCGACCAGAGAACAGCUCGGAGUGUGUAGAGCAGGAGGAGAUGAGGGACCGUCCUCUGGAAUUCUGUUUAAAUGGGACAACCGAACAGCUCCAGACCAGCGGGUACCGGAAGAUUCCAGGAGACCAGUGUGAGGGAGGUUUCCAGCCAGACAGGAAGGAGACCAACCUAAGGAGGAUGUGCACCAGCAACACCCUUUACCCAAGUUAUCUGCAGACUGAAACCAGUUCACUGAACGCUGCUGUCACAGCGAUGGUUGUCAUAGCCUUCCUUGUGUUGAGUGCUGUCGCGGGUGUUUGGCUGGUUAAGAAAUACGUCUGCGGAGGACGGUUCCUUGUGCACCGAUACUCUGUUAUGAGGGAACAUGUUGAAGCUAAUAAAAUAGAAGGACUUGAUGAUAUUGACACCCACUACAUGGAGACAGGAAAAGCACAGUACAAUGAAGAUUCAGAUCAGGAUCUCUUAGAAUAAGACUAAAUUUAACACAGUCUUUCAAGAUGUCUCGGCACUCCUGUUGCUCCCACAUGCUGAUAAACAUCUGCUUGUCACUUCUCACUAUCCCCUGGUGGCUGGAAGACUCAGCAGCAGCGGGGGGGCUUCUCAUACUGCUUCCUUGUACCAGUUGAAGCUUGCGCAAAACAAACAAACCAGUGGUUUGGGGAGGGGAGAGAACCCAGUGCAGAAGAGGAGAAACUCUCUGGGUUCUCUGCAGAGCUUUUAUUGUUUCUGUCACAAAGAGUUCUGUAAAGACUACUGAGUCUGAAUAUGUGCUCUGUUGUGCUCCGCAUGUGUCCUUCCAUGCUGAUCAGAGACAAGAUGGCCUUUUAUGUUGCGAUGGACUGCAGAAGCACAGUACUGAGGCUAUGACUUGGAAAAAAUAUCAAGAGUUAGGGAACAGCUAAGCAACAGAAUAGAGGAAAUUAUCACCAGUAUUUUAGCUCAGAGAUUUAAUCUGCUGUCAGUUAAGUAGUUUUUAUAGUCUGUAAAUUAAAUGUAAUCAUUCAUUUUAUUGGUUUCACCAGCCGCUAAAAUUAGGAAAAAACAGCCCCCUAUUCCUGAGUUUCUCUCCAUUUUAAUAGUAACUACUGUGAGCAGUAAUGUUAUUGGUCAGUAUCUGAUUAGCAAUGUUUCUGUUUUUAUGAUACAGUACACAGUCUGUGUUCUUCCACAUCAAAUUUGAACAGAUUUUUAAUUGAAUUACAUCAGAUGUUAACAUCAGAUGUUACACUAUAGAUACAAACCUUUCAAUAAACACUAAUGACUUCUUUCUGGAAAAAUAAUUAUAACUUUAAUAAAGACUGUUC